AUGUCUUCUGUCCAUCUUGAUACCACGCUGGAAGAGCUCUACGGACUUGACAGAGAAGAUCUCCGCGAAAUCUAUCUCUCUUACACAAUUCCAACAGCCACGCUUCAAACGACACUGGGCAUAUCUAUCUUUAAAAAAAAUGUCUAUCAAGAUACUCUAGCCCCUAAAGACCUCGAAAUUCAAGCGAGAAUCUUCACCCGAAUGGUUCCGCUACUCUUCAGUCUCAUCGCAGGGAACUUAAAUAUCAUCAUGUUUGAUUUAGACGCUCCCGAAUAG